UCUCAAUUUCAAUAUCCCUAAUUUUGUCCCAUUGAGGUGGAGAUGAAAAAGACAAAGUGACCAGAGAAACCAGAGACGGACACAAGGAAAUAGCGGCAGAAUUGCUGAGACAGAGCCGGCGAGAUUGAGCGAGAGCGAGAGAGAGAGAACUGGGAAGAAGAGAGAUUGAGAGAGAGGGAAUCGCUGAGCCGAACGAUUCCGUGAGAACCCACUUUUCCAGAAGAGAGAGGAAACCAUUGUACGAUUGACGGCGAGAAAGAGAGAGAGAGAGAAAGCGAGAGAGUUCUUGUUCUUCACCCGACAAUCCCGCCCAAAAAACCCAGAUGAAAUUAUACGGGUUUACUUCUUGUUGUGGUGUUUUUAGGGAGAAUUCAUAGAGAAUGUUUGAAGGACUUGUUCGACAGUUACUUGUGGGUUAUCUGGGCCGAUAUGUCAAGGAUAUUCAGAAAGAGAAGCUGAAGAUUACCUUUUGGAAUGAGGAAGUAUUAUUGGAGAAUGUUGAGCUCAUUUUGGAGGCAUUUGAUUAUCUUCAAUUGCCAUUUGCGCUAAAGCAAGGUCGUGUUGGGAGGUUAAGCAUCAAGAUUCCAUGGAAAAAGCUUGGAUGGGAUCCUAUCAUUAUCAUUUUGGAGGAUAUAUACAUUUCUGCAUCUCAACGGGAUGACGAAGAGUGGAGCUCAGAUGCGGUUGAAAGAAGAGAAUUUGCUGGGAAGAAGGCCAAAAUUGCUGCUGCAGAGCUGGCAAAAUUAUCAAGGCGUGUAUGUGAUAAUCACGCCGGACAAUCAUUUAUAUCUUACAUUACUGCAAAGAUUCUUGACAACAUCCAAAUAUCAAUUAGAAAUUUUCACGUCAUGUUCCUUGAUAUGAUUGGUGACCUGGGAUAUAUAAAGCUUGGCUUGAAGUUUUCCAGCUUGAGGAUAAUGAAACAAAUUCUGUUGGGGUCAUUGGGUGGAUGGGUGAGAGGAAGCCAAGUCAACAAAACAGUGGAAAUUGUAGGCUUGGAAAUCUAUUGUUCAUGUCAAAGUGAAGUUCAUGUGGAGGGAUGCGAGGUAGCAGUGGGGACUAAAGUGAACCCAUUUGAAGAAAAAGUUGACUUCAUAUUAGCUCCAUGUGAUGCAGUCUUGUCACUUUUGGUUAACCGAUCAGGAAAGCUGGAUAAUAGUACUCCACAAUAUUCUGUUAAUGCCGACUUAAAUAGCCUGGUUUUCACUUUGAAUGACGUUCAGUUGCAGCAAAUAUUGAAUUUAUGGGAUUAUCUUUGCAUAUGCCGAUUAAGAGAUAAAUAUGGAAGAUUUCGCCCCUGGUGCUCUCCCCUGUCAAGGAAAGUCAAGGGUUGGCAAAUAUCAUGGUGGCAUUACGCACAAGAAUCUGUCUUGUCAGAUGUACGAAAGAAUUUAAAGAAAACUUCAUGGAGAUAUCUUGGACACAGAUUAAUCUAUCGUCGGAGGUAUGUCAAUUUGUACAGGAAAAAGUUGGAGUUUCUUCAUAACGACCAGUCAAUUGAUGAUAACAUUCUUAAAGAAUUGGAGGUAAUGGAGAAAGAAUCAGAUAUAGAAGAUAUUUUAAGUUAUAGAUCGGCUGCUGAAUGUGAGUUACAGCAUCUAUUUGGCAGUUUGAGGCCAGAAAUGGUAGCUACUGCUACACAAUCAGCUGUUGAGAAGUCACAAGUCGAUGAUCGUUCAAUGAGGAAACCUCGGGGAUGGUUGAACUGGCUAUCCCUUGGUAUGUUAGGUGCUGGGGGUACUGAAGAUUCAUGUCAAUUUUCUGGAGUCAUUUCAGAUGAUAUUGUCAAGGACAUAUAUGAGGCAACCAAAUUCCACCCUCAAGUUCCAUCUAACGUCAGUGCUGCUGAUGAAGAAAGGAUCUGUUUCUGUGCCAUCAAAAUUGACAUUCAUCAGAUAUCAGCAACUUUACUGAGCAUCAAAUAUAAUCAAGAAGUUGCAAAGAUGAUAUUCAUCAAGACAAUGGUGGAGUGUAAAAUUUGGAUGGAAGCUGCAACCAUCAAUAUAUUAGUCAAUUCUAUAGAGAUGGUCAAUCCACUGAACCAGAGAGUUCUAAUUUUUCUAAGAAUGCCUCUUUGUGAGAAAGACGUUGAAGAGACUGGUGGUCCUUCCUGUAGUUUCCAAGUUGAUGUGUCACCCAAACAAGAGGUUAACCUGUCUGUAAAGGUGAUGCUGAGUCCAUUAGAAGUUACUUACGAUGCCAAGUUUCUUCUUUGUUUGUUGGAGUUUUUUGAUGGAUUUAAGUCCUUCCAAUCUCUUCACAGAAGGGUAACGAAAGAUGUUCUUUCAACUCUAAAUGGAAUUGAAAAUGCCGAAGCUCGACUGCUUUCCAAGGCUCGAUGCAUAAUGUCAAGGUAUAAGAGAGUUAUGUGGGACAUUACUGUCAAUGGUAUUACAGUUUAUGUUCCUUGGAAUACUCCUUCAGAACAAAAUAACUUGGUACUGCAACUGGGGGCUCUUUGUGUGACAUCGAAAUAUGAUUGGAGCUUACUAUCUUCAAGUUUUAAAGAACAAUCUGUUAUGCUAAAAGGCUUAAGUGAUUCAAUCUUGGCCUCUGAUAUUGCUUUUACAGUUCAGCCUCAAAAUCUGUACGAUCACUUUGAUAUUCAACUACGAGAUUUGGAGAUGGGGAUCCAAAUGCCUUCUCAAUCUCAAAGUAUCCCUAUUUUUGAAAAGUUCAGUGCUGCUGUUGCCCUGCGUUCUUGUCUGAUCCCUAAUGAAUCAUUGUUGAAGCAGUUGGAGGUUCUUUUUCAAAUAUCAUCACUUCAUGUAAAUUUCUCUCCAUCAAUAUAUGGUGUAGCUUUGGAGCUUGCUGCUCAUUUGCGUAAUCUGACAGCAAACCCUGGCUCCGAACAAUCUGAAGAUCGUGAACCACUUAACGUGACUUCGAUUGAACAUGACAAUCAUCCUUUUGCUUUCUCCUUGGGUGUGAUUCUCCAGUCUGUCAGAUUUAAAAUUGAUCUUGAGAACGAUGGAAAAGAUGCUUCUUCCCUGAUGCUUGCCCUAGAUGAUAUGGAGAUAUGGUAUGAUAUUUUUGUAGUAGAGGAGCUAUUGAUCUGCAUGAAGGCAUUAAAUAUAGCAAUCCAUCCCACGUGCGGUGAUGGAGAUGGCCAUAUUUUGUAUUCUUGUGGCAAUAAAUCCCAUGCUACAUCCUCUCAUCUCCAUGGCAUUGAUGGUCGACAUAACAACAAGAUUGAUGGUUUGAAUGAUAUGAAUGUUAAUGCUGUAAAAUGCUGCAUCUUACAUUUUAACACUGGCGAAAAUUCUGCAGCUAAAAUUUCCAUAUAUUUAAAUGAUGCUGAAAUCCAUUGCUAUCCAUACAUAUUUGGAUUGCUUGCUGGGUUUUAUGAGAGACUAUCUGCAUGUGCAAAUUCAAGUUGUAAAGACGUUAUUGGACCUGAGGUGAAUGAUGCAUAUGUAAAACCAAUGUCUUUGUCACCAUGCCAAAGAUUUGGUUUCUCAAACUUUGUUGAAGAUGAAUCUGUUGGACAUGACAGCAUUCCGUUGGAUUGCUUUCCUUUCGUUACUUUACAGAAUUUUGGCAAUCUUGGUAGUUUUGAUAGUUCUCAUGUUGACCUAUGUUCUGAGUGGAGAAAACGUUAUAAACUAAGAGACAAAAAAGUCAGAACUCCAGAGUUUUGUCUGGAAAAAGAACCUACUAUAUUCCACACCCAACCAUCAAAACCUAAAUUUGGUAUGGAUGCAUCUGUUACCCCAGGGAGUUCCUGCCAUCCUAGUCUCCAUGAUGUUUAUUUGGCUUUAAGUGGAAUUAAACUUCAUUUCCAUGAUUCUUCUUGCAUUAUUGGAUCUCUCACGCUUCCAACAUGCAAAUCUUCUUUAUCUAUUUCUGAAGACUAUUUUGAUGUAUUAUGCUCAGUAGAGGGAUUGACUGUCACAUCCUCAUGGACAAAAAAUUUUCUCGAGUUAGUUUGGGGGCCUUCAUUACCAUAUUUGUCUCCUAUUUUAAAUUUCCGUGUUAUAAAAGGAAAAAAUCUGUCAUCGAGCGCAAAACUUGAAAUCAAUAUUGCCAUUCAACAUGUUUUUUGUUUCUUACCACCUGAAUAUUUGGCCAUGAUAAUCGGUUAUUUUACAUUGCCUGAUUGGAGUUUCCAGUCGAAUGAUCAGUUUUCAACUGGGAGGAAUGCGCAUGCUGGUUUAGAAGAAGAAACUUCCCUUAUUUACAAAUUUGAAAUUGUGGAUUCAGCUUUGAUAACGCCUGCUGAAAAUUAUGAGCUUCAGUUUCUUCAAUUUGAAAUUAAACAGUUAUACUUUACAUUGUUCUUUGGAGGGAGUUUAGAUGAUGCACUGAAAGAUAUUCCUCCUGAAUGUUCUAUUCCAGUUCACAAGCUUGCAGAGAUGAAUCACUGUUUAAAUCUUUUUGGACGAGAGUUAUCUCUCUCCUUGAUGCUUUUUAAGGAUAGAAAUAGUUCUUCAUUUUUAUGUCAAGGUACUGAGUGUCAAAAUGUUAGUCUAGUUGAAUCGCUAAAUGCAGAUAUUUGGGUCAGAAUACCUUGUGAAAGUGAGUCUACUAACAAAAGCUCGCAAGCAGUCUGCAUGGUGACGAGGAUAAGAAAUUGCGAAGUAAUUUUUGAUGACAAUCAUGCACUUGGUGGCUUUAUGGCACUUCUGGAGAACAUUAAUCAAUUUGCCUCCGUUGAAGACCAAUCUAGAUGUUUCAAGUCUGAUGUUCUACAGUUUCUUCAGUUAACGAGGUGUCUGAAGGAGGGCACCGAAGUUUUAUUCCCCGUGUCAAACACAACAGUUACUGAGUUGGAAUGUUGUGUUGAUUCACUUUUCUUAAUAUUGAAACAGCAUAGAAAUGAAUUAUUGGAAAUGAAUUACAGAGUAGAGUUGCAAUUUACAUGCUCUGGAUCACUGAGAAAUGGUGUUGUCAAAGGGAUGGAUGUUUGUUUCUCUUCAAUGGUGUUAUAUUCAGUGCCCAAAACCAUUAUUAUGGCUAAAUCUAGCUUGGAACAAUUGUCACCUGUACCUGACACCUCCAUUUCAAGGUCAAGUCAAGGUCCAGUUGAACUUUGUGUUCUCCUUCCAUCUAUUGAUAUUUGGUUAUAUUUCUCCGAAUGGAUGGAGAUCGUUGACCUAUUGAAUUCUUAUGUUGGAAAUAUGACUCAGUUCGUGAGCACAGGUGCAACAUUUAAGGAUGUUGUCUUGAAUAACACUGCAUCAGGAGAUUCAUCGAUCACUGUUCUUCCAAAUUGUAUAUAUUCUACAUCUAUGUUGACUGAAUCAGUAUCAGAGGAUACAGAGCAAGAUGAUCCUGUACUUAUUGUUAUAUUAAAGGACACAGUAAUUACGUUUCACUUUCCUGUGUAUGUGACAGAAGCAUCUAAAGAAGUUCAGAUAGCUGAAGUUGACGAGAAGGAAUGUCUGAACGUUUCGUCUGAUGUUGUGGAAGAAAAUUACUGCAGAUUCGUAAUGGUUUCUUUACACAGUAAAAGAACUGAAGUACUUAUUAAUAGCAAAAAUGCAUCAUUAAAGUCUGGCAUGGAAAAAGUGUGUGGCAUGUUAUCUAAGUGCGAGGAAAAAGGUGUUCAAUCUUGUCCUCUUUUUGAGAUAUUCGGAGUCAAUUUGGAGGUUGACAUAAGCAGUAAUCAAAUGAAGCUUAGUUUAAUCCAACUGAAGAUUCAGUGUGAAUGUUUCAAUGUUUGGUUUUCAUACCACGUAUUCUACUUCUUGAAGCAUAUUGAAUUCAAUAUCUCUGAGGAAGACUCUUCCCUGUGUAUAUCUUGUCCUAUUGAAUUCGAAGUCCAACUAAAGAAAGUUUCAUUUCUGCUGAGUGAUGGACGGUGGAGUUCUUGCAGACCACUGCUGGAAAUUCUUAUGAGGAACAUCCUCUUGCAUGUUAGCAUGACCGAGAGCACCACGGAGGACUUCAUCACUGGUGAACUGAGCAUGAAUUACAAUAACAUUCAAAAGGUGUUUUGGGAACCUUUUAUCGAGCCUUGGAACUUUACAAUAAAUGUCACCCGGAAACAAGAGAGCAGUUCUCUGUUGAACAGUUCUGUUUUGACUGAUGUGCAUCUCAUGUCUUCCUCACUGCUUAAUUUGAACCUCACAGAACCCUUUACUGAGUGUCUUUCUAGGACAAUUGACAUGAUCAAAGAUGCUUGGGAUCUGAGUGGAAAAGAUGACACGUCUCAAAGGCAACUAUCGCUCAAUUCUUCACAAGUCGAAAAUAUUAUUGCUGGAAAACAUGCUCCUUAUGUACUACAGAAUUUAACUUCCUUGCCUCUUGAAUAUCAUGUUUAUGAAGGACCCUUAGAUUCUGUUGAGUUUGGCGUCUCAGAGUUCAAAGAAAGAAGAUAUGUGCAACCAGGUUGUUCCGUUCCAAUUUAUAUUAGUGAAUCUGCUGAGAAACAAUUUUUUCGUCAUAGAUCCUUUCAUUCAUUGGAAAAACUAGAUGAGUGGCACACGUAUGGCUUUGGACAUCAUUUUAUAUCCAUCCAACUUGAUGGUACAUCUGUACCUUCUGUUCCCAUUUCCAUGGAUCUUGUUGGGCAGACAUACUUUGAGGUUGACUUUUCCAAGGCAUCCAAUGAGGAACUGAAUAUGUCUGCUAACAUGUCAAAGGAUGUUGAUAACAAGUACAAAAAACAUAUGAGCAGAGGCUUCAUAGUUCCUGUUGUUUUUGAUGUUUCUGUUCAGCGUUAUGGGAAGCUUAUUCAACUGUACUCCACGGUUAUACUUUUCAAUCAAACAUCAAUGCCACUGGAGUUUCGCUUUGAUAUUCCAUUUGGUGUUUCUCCGAAGAUAUUGGAUCCGUUGAACCCUGGUAAAGCAAUGCCACUGCCUCUGCAUUUGGCUGAAGCUGGUUGUGUGAGAUGGCGUCCUAGUGGAAACUCUUACUUGUGGAGUGAAACUUGUAACCUCUCAAACCUUCUUGCUCAGGAGAGCAAAAUAGGAUUAUUUAGGUCCUUCGUUUCUUAUCCAUCUCAUCCCAGUAGUGAUCCAUUCCGCUGUUGCAUGUCAACGAGAAAUAUUAUACUGCCUUCAUAUCAGAAGCCCAGGCAGCAAUCAGCAGUUGGCUCUGAGCAAAAAAUCCAUAGUCCAGCUGAAUCACAGGAACGGUGUAUUCACCACUUGACCCUUAGUACUCCAUUGGCAGUGAGGAGUUUUCUUCCCGAGGAAGCUAAACUAAUUGUAGAUACUGGUGGAAUGACGCAUUCUGCAAUUCUUUCAGAGGUCAAAAAUUUAUUUCAUCAUAUUGAUCCUUCACAUGAUCUAGAACUUGAAAUCCAAAUCCAUGGAUAUAGACCUUCAUAUGUGAAGUUUCCUAGAGCAGAAACAUUUUGCUCAAUAGCAAAAUUCGAUGGAAUCAAGUUCUCACUUUCUGAGACCAUAACUUUGAUUCCAGGUCCAAUACACAUAACACUCGAUAAAUCAGUCGAUGCAUUUUCUGGUAGCAGAGAACUCAAUAUUUUUGUUCCUUUCCUACUAUAUAACUGUACGGGCAUUCCUCUCUGGAUUUCAGAAUUGGCAUAUGAACAAAAAGGUGCAAACAUCUCUGUACCAUCAUAUUAUGAUAUAGUUGAACGUGAACAUUCUGCAGGCAAGAGAGAUGGUCUUAGCUCAAUUAUUGGAUGCAGUGACUAUCAUGUAAUGGCUCCAGGUUGGCAAAAUUCUUUAAUGAAGAAAUCCGUCUCUUCUCUGGAAAACUCAAAUCCACAGUUGGACAGUUUGAAUGGGAAAGCUUCCAUUUCACCCUAUCAUCUUCACAAGUCUAAUGUUCAGUCAAACAAAAAUGACUUUAACUUUGAAAAAUCCUUUCAAAAUACAUCUAAAGUAAGUUCAGGUUCAAGUGAUCAUAUGCGUGUAAGGGAAUCUAAUUCUUUAGGUUCCAAGCAAGCAAAAGUUAGAGCACAUAUGUUUUCUCCCUGUAAACCCUCGUCUUCAGAUGAAGUAAUGGUUAGGGUGAGCAGGUCCCUGCCAGAAUGUGAGAUAGAAAAUAUCUCAAGUGUUUCUUGGUCAAGCCCUUUCUAUCUUGUUCCCAGAAGUGGGUCAGCUACUGUUCUUAUACCACAAUCAUCAUCAAAUGCUGCUUCUGUGGUCUCUGUUACAUCUAGUGCAAUUUCUGGAUCUUUUUCUGAGAUGACAAGCAUAAUUAUGUUCCAGCCUAGAUAUGUCAUAAGUAAUGCAUGUUCCAAGGAUUUAUUCUAUAAACAGAAGGGAACUGAUUGUAUCAUUCCGUUGGCAGUUGGAGAACAUUUCCAUCUUCAGUGGACGGAUACAACUAGGGAAUUACUGGUUUCAGUUCGUUAUAACGAACCUGGGUCGCAAUGGUCUGGCAGCUUCAUACCUGAUCAACUUGGUGAUACUCAAGUGAAAAUGCGAAAUUAUAUCACUGGUUCAUCAAACAUUCUAAGAAUUGAAGUUCAGAAUGUUGAUGUGCCAAUUGACAAUAAGAUCGUUGGAAAUGGCCGUGGAAAUUCUGGCACAAAUUUGAUUCUGCUGUCAGAUGAUGACACCGGAUACAUACCUUACAGAAUCGAUAAUUUUUCGAAGGAGAGAUUACGGAUUUACCAACAAAGAUGUGAAAAUUUUGAGACUAUCGUGUAUCCUUAUACAUCUUACCCUUAUUCUUGGGAUGAACCUUGCUACCCCCGUCGUCUAACUGUUGAGGUUCCCGGAGAGCGCAUAUUAGGAUCUUAUGCUCUUGAUGAUGUACAGGAUUUUGUUCCGGUGUCCUUGCCAUUAACCACUGGGAAAAAUGAGAGGACGUUGCAUUUAUCGGUUCAUGCUGAAGGAGCAACAAAGGUGCUGAGCAUUGUUGAUUCAACCUAUCAUAUUCCAAAUGUCGUUAAUUUUGGAGAAAAGAAAAAACAUGUUCAGAAGCAGGAAAAGUUCACUGAUUACAAGGAGAAAUUUUCAGUUUUUAUAUCUUAUAUUGGUAUAUCUUUAAUCAAUUCCCGCUCUGAGGAAAUGGUAUAUGCCUGUGCAAAAAACAUAACUAUCGAUCUGCUUCAAAGUUUGGAUCAACAAAAGUUAUCUGUAAAACUGCUAUCUCUACAGAUAGAUAAUCAGUUUCGAAAUAGUCCAUAUCCUGUUAUUUUGUCUUUUGAUCAAGAAUACAGAAGCAACCCAAUGGGAAGCAUGAACAAGGACAUUGGUGCAGUGACAAGAAGUGAACGAGUUCUGCAAGCUGAUGGCUCUCUUGAACCUGUAUUCUAUUUUUAUGCAUCAAAGUGGCGCAAGAUGGAUAGUUUACUGGUUUCAUUUGAACAUAUAUGCUUAAGAAUAUCAGAUUUUCGACUUGAGAUUGAGCAACAAGUGAUGUUAAACUUGUUUGAAUUUGUCAAAAAUGUCUCAUCAAAUUUAAGGGGGGAAGUAUCUCAGUUUUCAGAUGCCAUAUUACAUCCUCCUGCAAAUGAUCCAGCGCAUGAGUACUUCAGUGCAAGGACAGAACCUCUUCACUUUUCAAAAGUUCCUUUUCUUGAUGGACUUGAUAAAGGCAGUAAAUUACUACCUUCAGUAGUUCCUAUUGGAGCUCCUUGGCAGCAGGUUUAUCUCUCAGCAAGACAACAAAAGAAAGUUUAUGUUGAAUUGUUUGAUUUGGCACCUAUUAAGUUGACAGUAAGCUUUUCCACCAUUCCAUGGGUGCUCAAGAACUCUAUCCUUACAUCUGGUGAAUUACUCGUUCAUAGAGGUCUUCUAGCUCUCGGGGACAUUGAAGGAGCUCAGAUUCAUCUUAAACGCUUGAGUAUUGCACAUCACAUGGCUAGUUGGGAAUCCAUCCAAGAGAUUCUGAUUAGGCAUUACUCAAGGCAACUUUUUCAUGAGAUUUAUAAGGUUUUUGGUUCUGCUGGUGUCAUUGGUAAUCCCAUGGGAUUUGCUAGGAGAGUGGGAAUUGGCAUUAGAGAUUUUCUGUCGGUGCCUGCCAGGGGCAUUUUGCAGAGUCCAACUGGGCUUAUCACAGGCAUGGUACAAGGAACUACAAGUCUUUUGAGUAAUACUGUAUAUGCAUUCAGUGAUGCUACCACUCAGUUCAGUAAAGCUGCAAGGAAGGGUAUUGUUGCAUUCACGUUUGAUGAUCAAGCUUUUUCAAGAGUUGGACAGCAGCAGACUGGUGUUUCUUCACAUAGUGGAGGUGUUAUUAGUGAAGUUUUAGAGGGGCUCACUGGUCUUCUUCAAUCACCAAUCAGAGGAGCUGAGAGACAUGGUCUUCCAGGGGUAUUCUCAGGCAUUGCAUUAGGAAUCACAGGGCUUGUGGCAAAACCAGCUGCCAGUGUUCUAGAACUUACUGGAAAGACUGCCCAGAGCAUACGAAACAGAAGUAGAUUACAUCAAAUGAGACCACAGCACCAUAGAGUACGUCUUCCUCGGCCCUUAAGCAGCAUUCUUCCACUGAGGCCUUUCUCCUGGGAGGAAGCAAUCGGAACAUCAAUACUUCUGGAGGCUGGAGGAGACGACAUGAAGCUCGAUGAUGAAGUUCUAGUUACCAGCAAAGCACUUAAAAUAGCUGGAAAAUUUUUUGUCCUCACCCAGAGUUUAAUCUUAAUUGUUAGCUGUGCAAGUUUGGUGGACUUGGGCAAGGCUGAAUUUCGGGGCAUCGCUGCUGACUCGAAAUGGGUGAUCGAAUCAGCAAUCGGUUUGGACACCAUCAUCCAUGCUGCUACCGAUGGAGCUGUAGUUCACAUCGUUGGAAGCAAUUCCAACUUGUUAACGAGGCAGGAUAAAUCUCACCCCAAAAGCGUGGUUGGAAGUAGUAGGACAGUGAGAUGGAGUGGUCCAGCACCUCUUCCUAUCUUUGAGACAAACUUGGAAAUGGAAGGCAAGGAAGAUGCAGAAAACCUGUUAAAGAUCUUGUCAUCUACAAUCAAAUUAGCGAAAGAGCGGGGCUGGCACCGUGGUCAUGUUCUCCAUCGAUAUGACAUCAAGUAGGCUAAUGGCUCCUCUUUCGUUUCGAUGACCAGGUUUGGAGGCCAAUGAAUUAGAGGCCUCUAGGCUUGGUGUGGAGUUUUGCUAGGUUGCAGUUAGAAGCUCUGAAUGUACAUCAUGUAUAGGCAUUCACUCUCUCUCUCUCUGCUUUGGGGGGAAAUUGAAGAUAAAUUUGCAACCAAACUGUACAUUGAAUUCAUUAUAUAUUUUUUAAAUAUAUUUCUUAAAGAAAAACUAUUACUAUUUUCGACCCUA